UCUGAGUCGAGUGGGUGUUACAAACAGACAAACAAACAGUCAUAGAAACUCCCUGAGAAGUGAUCCACAAAUCAGCGCGACAUGGAGCCUACUAAUUUACAGAAAGCUAUAGCUGUAGCUAACAAAGCUUCACAGGAGGAUCAGGCUGGAAAUUAUGAGGAGGCUAUUAAAUCUUAUCAACAUGCAGUGAAAUAUUUUCUACAUAUAAUAAAACGUGAACCACAGGGUAAAGAGGGCAAUCAGAAGAUCAGAGAUACGUGUAAGCAGUAUCUUGACAGAGCAGAAGAGCUCCAAGACUACCUUGAUAAAAAAGAGAAAGCUAUAGAUCUAGCUAGUAAGGCAUCUCAGGAGGAUAAGGCCGAAAACUAUGAAGAGGCCUUGCGUCUGUACCAGCAUGCUGUUCAGUACUUUUUGCAUGUUGUGAAAUAUGAAGCACAGGGUGAAAAAGCCAAACAAAGCAUCCGAGCCAAAUGUGCUGAGUAUUUGGAUCGGGCUGAGAAACUGAAAGAGUAUUUGAAGAAGAAAGAGAAAGCACCAUCGAAGCCAGUGAAGGAGUCGCAGUCCAAUGAUAAAGGAAAUGAGAGUGAUGAAGGAGAAGACCCUGAGAAAAAAAAAUUUCAGAAUCAGCUGUCAGGAGCCAUUGUCAUGGAGAAGCCGAACAUUAAAUGGGAUGAUGUAGCCGGGUUAGAAGGGGCCAAAGAGGCCCUGAAAGAAGCUGUCAUUCUGCCAAUUAAGUUUCCACAUCUCUUUACAGGUAAAAGGACUCCGUGGAGGGGCAUUCUUCUCUUCGGGCCUCCCGGCACUGGCAAAUCAUACCUGGCCAAAGCGGUAGCAACAGAAGCCAACAAUUCCACCUUUUUCUCCAUUUCCUCCUCAGACCUGGUAUCAAAGUGGCUUGGAGAGAGUGAAAAGCUGGUUAAGAACUUGUUCACUUUGGCUCGAGAACACAAGCCCUCUAUUAUCUUCAUUGAUGAGAUUGAUUCACUGUGUGGCUCCAGAAGUGAGAAUGAAAGUGAAGCGGCUCGUCGAAUCAAGACAGAGUUUCUGGUCCAGAUGCAAGGUGUUGGUAAUGACAAUGAAGGGAUCCUGGUGUUGGGAGCCACUAACAUCCCGUGGACAUUGGAUUCUGCCAUCAGAAGACGAUUUGAGAAACGUAUCUACAUCCCCCUGCCGGAGGACCACGCCCGUGGGUUCAUGUUUAAGCUAAAUCUGGGCAGCACACCAAACAGUCUCACAGAAUCAGACUUCAUCACUCUGGGAAAGAAGACCAACGGUUAUUCCGGUGCUGACAUCAGCGUUAUUGUCAGAGACGCUCUUAUGCAGCCUGUCAGGAAGGUCCAGUCUGCCACUCACUUCAAAAGGGUACGAGGACCAUCAAGGAAUGACCCAAAUAUUAUUUCCGACGACCUCCUUACCCCCUGUUCUCCGGGCGACCCACAGGCCAUAGAGAUGACAUGGAUGGACGUACCUGGAGAGAAGCUUUUGGAACCAGUUGUUUCCAUGCCGGACAUGCUCAGGUCCCUCGCCAACACGAAGCCCACCGUGAACGAGCAGGAUCUGGAGAAGCUGAAAAAGUUCACUGAGGACUUUGGACAGGAGGGCUGAUCCAAUCCGGUCUCCCCCAAAACAAAAUCAAACAGAUUGUGAUUAUAAUGUCUUCACUCUUGCCCUUCUCACGACCCUCACUUCCUGUGACUGACGAGCCCCCUGAGCUCCAGCUGAAGGCUAGAUGUAAUCUGAAAUGUGUAACACUACAAAUCUCUUCAAACCCUCUUCUAGCCUAACUUUUUCUCUUAUCCUCUUCUGUUAAUAGCUGCUCUACCUGCAAGGUUGCCUUCAGUACCUGCUGAGGAUUGAGACCAUCAUGUUUCUUUCAUCAUUAAUCAUUCCAGCUGGCUCAAUCAUUAUAAAUAUCUGUCUUACUAUGAUAAACACAGCUCAACAGAUCUUACACAUGGAAGUCCUGUGCAACAUUUAGCAACUGUAAUGAGCAUUCUGAGAAAUAUUUAUAUCAGUUUUGGUUUACAAAGGCACAAAUAACCCAAUACACACAAUAUUUAAAGGGAAUAGUUCACUCAAUAAAUUACAUAAUUUUCAUUGUUGGGUUCACUAACCUUUUAAGCUCAUUGACACAUGAAGACUUAUCAACCCUAGCUUAAAAUACCAUUGAUUUCCUUUGUUUAUGGGCAAAUGCAAUGUGCUUGCUAGGAGAAUAACCAUUAAAAUGGUCCUGUUUAUUUUUGUAAAGACAUCUUUGAUGGGUGGAGUUAUUGUCAUUCCAGAGUUUCAUUUCUUUUUUCCCAUAAAUGUAUAGAUUGGAGUGUCUCAACUGAGAAAGUCAUUCUCCAAAUCAGUGCAUUGGCAUAUGAUGAAACAUUGAGCUCUGUAAAAUGUGGAGUUGCACUCUGGGUAUCCAUUUAACGGUCUGAGGACUUGUAUAAUACACAUGUUUUUGUUUCUGCGUACAUCGUCAUUUUUAGUGUAUUGCUUUAAUAUUUGUUAACCGAGGAAUGUGCGUUGUUACAUUAUGUGUUCAGAGGCCAAUAUUUGACAAAAGAUAUUUACUUUGUUGUCAGCUCACUUGCUGAAGCUCAGCACUCAAUGUGCCUUCUUUGCAUUUUCCUUUUGACUGUCUGUCUCUUCCUUCAUACACAAAGAUGCUUAGAUACUGAUGUUUAUCAAUUGCUACAUAGCUGUGUUAUUCCUAAACUUUCUGGUUAUAAUGAUUGGUUGAUAUUUGCACAUUUCAUUUAAAACUUUACAACUACACCAAUCAGCUACAAAAUUAAAACCAUCUGCCUAAUAUUGUGUAGGUUCCUCUCGUGCCGCUAAAACAGCGCCAACCCGCAUCUCAGAAUAGCAUUCUUCUGAUAUUGAUCAGAUGAUAUUCUUCUCACAUCAAUUGUACAGAGUGGUUAUAUGAGUUACCGUAGACUUCGGUAUGUCAGUUCAAACCAGUCUGGCCAUUCUUUGUUGACCUCUCUCAUCAACAAGGCAUUUCGACUGUUGUGUGAAAAUCUGAGAAGAUCAGCAGUUAUAGAAAUACUCAAACCAGCCUAUCUGGCACCAUAACCGCUCUGUACAAUUGUGGUGAGAAGAAUAGUAUCGUGUUGGUGCUGUUUUGGCGGCACGAGGGGGACCUACACGAUUUUAGAUGGUGGUUAACUUCUAUGCAUGUAUAGGGUGUUUGGUUUGCCAUUUAAAAACCUAUAAGACAUUGUACUAUUAGAAUAACAUAAUUUAGUAUAGAUAUGUUUAGUAUGUUUUAAGGAUGAAUCUUGUUUAACAUACAGUUUCCUGUUUAAAAGUGGUCAGGAUUUGGUUGAGCUUAUUCAUUUUAUUAUUCACAUGUAAAUAAAGGUUGAAAUUAAAGGAACUUGACCUAGAAUUAUUUGUACGUCUAAUACUGAUGACUUCAUCAUGUACACAUUAAAAAUGGAAAACAUUUGCUAAAAUGUUUAAUUAUUCAUUUAUAGCAUAAACUUAUUUAGCAUAAGUUUAUGCUAAAUUACUCAGAAUAGCAUUCUGAGCAUGAAUAGCAUUUUUUUUUUCUCAAAAUAAAACAUUUGUUUC